ACAUGAAAGUUACCGCCGAGUCGGCAGCAGCAUGUCAGCGCUGCUCCCGCCGCGAUCUCCUCUGGCCGGCGGACGCAGCGCAUCGCUCAUGAAGCGCUGGCUGCUGCUCACCGCCGUGGCCCUGGUCGCAGCCGGCCUCGCACCCACCGACGUGAUUGUCAAGAACCAGCCGCUGACCGUGUCCCUGGGACGCUCUGUGUUCCUGAGCCCGUCGGAGGACCUGCGCAUACGGGUCGCACCGGGAGACCGCUGCGACGUGCAAGUCGUUCAGGCAGAGGAUGGCGAGCCCGCUUCCAUCCUGUCUUGGAGUCGGCCCGGAAGGCUGCAGCCUGCAUCUUUUCCGUGUGGAUUUGGCUUCGGAACUGUGUCCUACACGCAUUUUGGGUCCAGGAUAACACCGCUUCUCGACAGGGUGCGACUCCUCGUCAAGUACGAGGCCGAGGAUGAGACGCUGAUAGUGCCCUUGCUAUUGUCGGUGGAGGUGUCGCCCGAGCCGUAUCAGAUUGCAGUGAAAGUGAACGCGCUGUCCGUGCCAUCGAUUGGGGGUGAGACCGAGCCCAUCAGUGAAGACGUCCUUACUUUCAGUGGCGUGGAACCGGGAAGUGUGUGCAGGGUGCGCGUCUUAACGGAGGUUCACCGGCUUCCCCGUCACGGUGAGUUGGUUGGUGACGUCCCGACACAGUUCACAAGUUGCGAGUCUCUUCUUAGAGGCGACGUCCGGUAUCGCCACACCGGUGGUUCGCAUUCAUUCAAAUGGGACUACGUACCGUUCCUCGUAGAGGUCACCGAUUCCUCAGGCCAUUCAUCGAGGAAGGAGCGCUUUCACUUACCCAUAAAGAUUGAAGCAGGCAUUGAGAACUCUGCUCCCCAACCGACUUUCGCGUCUGAGCUUCGCCUCGACGUAAGCCAGUUCAUAAUGACUCCAUUAACUCCCGCCGUGCUCGCUGCAGAUGAUCCGGAUAGCGACAGUGGCACGCUGCUCUUUAAUUUUAGAACAGUGCUCGGUCCUGGAGAGGGACAUUUCGUGACAACUGAUGACCGUCGUGUGCCAACUACCUCGUUUUUCCAAAAGGACGUGCAAGCCCUAAAGAUCGCUUACGUGCCCCCGCUCGCACAAUCUAAUGACAGCCGAGUGUUCCGAGUUGAAGUAGAGGUGGUCGAUCCAGACGGCGCGACUUCGGACCCAUUCUCUCUCAUGAUUGUCGUGAAACCGACAAACACUAUGGCUCCUCUAGUUACUAAGAACACUGGAAUCACGCUGAUCGAAGGAAAAUCGAGAAAAAUUGGGGGCAGCUUAGCUAUCUCGGAUCAGGAUAACCGCGAAGACGUCCUCUUCACCGUCGUUGACGGAAUGAGGCACGGAAGCCUUCUGGUGGAUGGUGAGGAAGCCGACAUGUUUACGAUUGCCGACUUGGACGAAGGGCGCGUCGCUUAUCGACACGAUGGAAGCAGUACAAGCACAGACAAUGUUGUCUUUAAAGUGAGCGAUGGACGACACGACGUGGAAUUUCUUUUUCCUGUCACUAUUUACCCGGUUGACGACGAACCUCCGCUAUUGGAUAUAAACACCGGCAUCACGAUCCACAAAGGAGAGGACGCCCAAGUUUUAUCUCGCUACCUAAGCGCCACCGACGUUGACAGCGAUGAUUUCGGCAUUCUCUUCGAGCUACUGCCCCCGUUUCCAGAACAUGGUACAUUGCUGGUGAAGAAGCACGAAAAGCCACCCAAUUCUUUCCAUUGGCUUUUCAAGGAUGGCUUGUACGAAGCAGAGGUGACCAAGUGGGAGCAGGUAGAUUUGCUCGAAGGAAACCUCUACUACCGCUAUUCGGGAGAUCACGUUUCCGAACCAAUCACAGACCGCGUCUUUUUCCAGCUCUCUGACGAAAACGAACCGCCAAAUGAAUCCGGUAUAAACGAGUUUUUGGUCAGGAUUCUUCCUGUUGACGACUUGCCACCGGAGAAGCACCCUGACGCCACGCUUCAUCUCCUCGUAGAGGAGUUCCAGCUGACGGUGAUCACGAAGAAGGAGUUGCGUUACCGCGAUCUGGACACGAAGGAAAAGGAGCUCCGCUGUCGGAUCACUCGGCCGCCUUUCGACACGGACGCUAGCAACGCGAUGAGCGCUGGCUCAGUAGUACGCAUGGACGAACCGGACACAGAUGUCACAGAGUUUACGCAGGCCGAAGUCAACCACCAUAAAAUCGGCUACCGACCCCCAUCGGCGGAACUGGGAAUUGUUCCGAGGAUAAUAAACUUCGAAUUCGAGGUGCGCGACAACGGUGAUAAUGUCAUCGGCGGUCAAGCCUUCACGGUUCUCUUGCAGCCUGUAGACAACAAACCGCCCGCAGUGCACAAUCGUGGCAUAACUGUUACGGAGAAAUCUUCAGUGGAAAUCACCCUGGAGGACCUCGACGCGAUUGAUACGGAUACGCCUAGUGAGGAGCUAACUUUCGUUGUGCUUAAGGUUCCCGCCUACGGAGCAAUUCGAUUGGGGGGAGAUGUCUUAGACGAAAACGAUUUCUUCAAAUGCUCAGACAUCGCGAGCGGUCAGUUAUCAUAUGAAAACAUGGGUACCUCUGGAAGAAAAAUGGACAAGUUUGAGUUGGAGGUUCGUGAUGGAAUACAUAGAGUUCCGGUGACUGUUAAGGUAAACAUUAAACCACUGUCGGAGGAAUCGCGUGUUCCAAAAAGGCCCGGUACCACCAAUGUGCUCUUGACUGCUAAAGAGGGGGGCAAGGUUUUAUUGCAGAGUCAGUCCUUCAAUAUACAAAACAUUGUUGACCAUGCAGGUAGUUUUCAAUUUAUUCUAACACAUGCUCCCAGACAGGGCAGCAUAUUUAACAGUGGAAUGAAAGCAAAUCGGUUUUCUCUGCAAGAUCUUCUGAAGCGAAGAGUCUUCUAUGUUCACAGUGGCAUCGAGACUGGUGUAAGCGGUUCGAGUGACAUAUUUCAGCUCAGUAUUACUGAUGGCUCAGGAAUAACACGAAUGGAUGAUGCUCUCGUUCAUGUGAAAGUUGAGCCUGUAGAUUCGGUACCCCCACGAAUUCUGAUCGGACCGUCUCUCGCCGUUCCUGAAGGCGGCAAAGCCACGAUCACGCGUGUACAUCUUUCGGCUACAGACGUGGACACGAAUGAUGAAGAUAUCCUCUGCAGUAUCGACGUGCAGCCGAGCCACGGGUACGUCGAAAACGCGUCACCUCUGCCGGGCUCUGAGCGUGUGCAUACAGGCGUACCCGUGUCGGCAUUCACAACGGCAGAAGUAAUAUCGGGUUGGAUAAACUAUGUCCAAAGCAUACAUAGAGGAUUUGAACCACUGGAGGACAAUUUUACCUUUGUUUGCUCCGACGGUGUGAACACUAGUCCCAAGCAUACGUUUCAUGUGCAGAUAACGCCAAAGAACGAUGAGAUGCCAGAGAUAACGAUAGACGAGAUAACUGGGUCGGAAGGUUCUGAUAUAUCGUUAGAGGAGAUUGUCACGCAAGCAGCAGACAUGGACAGGCCCAGUGACAAACUGACAUUUCGGGUCACGAAACCACCUCUGCACGGGAAGGUACUGUCGACCCGAACGAUGCAGCUGGAAACAUUCGACAGCGACGACGUGGCGGCGCCGUCCUUUGUAGUUUACAGGCAUGACGACAGCGAGACGACAUCAGACUCGUUCGAGCUAUCUGUCAGUGACGGACAACACGAAAGUCGCAAGCAGAUUUCUGUGAUCGUAACGCCGGUAGAUGAUGAAACACCUCGGCUCGUGGUCAAUGAUGGCUUGGAGGUGGGAUUGGAAGAAAAGAAAGCCAUCACAAACCGCGUUCUGAGAGCCGAGGACAUCGAUUCUGAUGAUUCCAGCUUGACUUACAUAUUAAGAGACGUACCUAGGCACGGGAGACUGCAACUCUUGAAUUCCAGCACUUAUCAGCCUUCGCGCAAUUUAACCCUAGCGUCUAACUUUACUCAGCAAGAUAUUGACAAUGGUCUCAUCUUGUACACGCAUACCGGGGCGCCCGGAGUCCGCGAUCUCAUUAGACUCGAUGUCACAGACGGCACCAACUCGCUAAUCGACCAGUACUUCUGGGUCACCAUCGAGAGCAUCGACGUUGUUUACCCGGAGGUUGUGAAUCGAGGAGUGAGACUUCCCGAAGGAGGCAAAGUGACGCUCACCACCGCCUCACUGAGCACGACAGACCUGAACAGCGAUGACGAACGUCUUCGGUUUGCCAUAACCCAGUCGCCCGGGAAAGGGCAUCUCGAAAGUUCAGAUGCCCCGGGAGUGAUCAUCAGAUCCUUCACGCAGCUCGACUUGGCGGGAAACAAAAUUAGCUACGUUCACACAAGCAAGGAUGAGAGCAAGCUCGACAGCUUUGAAUUCGAAGUGAGCGACGGCCGAAACUCGGUGUUCCGUACUUUCCGAAUCGCCAUCACCGACGUGGACAACAAGAAGCCCGUAGUGUUCAUCUCACCGCUGAGACUCCGCGAAGGCACUGAGCGCCUCAUCACGCCGUUCGAGCUAAAGGCCGACGAUAUGGACACUCCGGACAGGAGCGUCCGCUUCCGCAUCAUCCACAGGCCGCUGCAUGGCCGCAUCAUCAUCGACAGGUCCCGCGAGGCCACCUCCUUCACCAUGGCCGACCUCGGGGACAACAGGCUGUCCUACUCUCACGACGGCAGCGACACGAAGCGCGACAACUUCACUUUUGUGGUCAGCGACGGCGUCCACGACGACUUCUACGUGCACCCGAACGUGCAGCAGCCGACGCGCGAGCCGCAGCUGUUCCCCGUAGAAGUAGUCGCGGUGGACAACAGCCCUCCCCAAGUGGCGGUGAACCGGGGAGCCUUCGCGCUUUCCUACUUGGAUGGAUCACGCCGGCUGGGAUUUCGCUUCGACAGUGACGUGCUGCGCGCGUGCGACAGCGACAGUGUGGCUGCCAGGCUCAAGUACGUGGUGACCGUGUUCCCCAGCCACGGAAUCCUUGUCAACCGGGCCGUCGGCAACCGGAGCGUCGUGGAGUUCACGCAGGCCGACCUGGAUAACGAGGAUAUAUUCUACCUGCUGCACCAAAAGUCCAACGCCACGUGGGACAGCUUCCAGUUCAAAGUGGUUGACGAAGGGAAGAACGAGCUGAGGGGCCAGAAGUUCGAUCUUCGCUGGUCGUGGAUCUCGCUGGCCCAUGAGCGGUACAUCGUCAACGAGACCGACUCGCACUUAGUGGUGGCAGUCCGCAGGAGAGGGUACCUGGGAGAGACGGCGUUCGUCGGAAUCUCGGCGCGAAACCUGAGUGCCCGCCAAGGCUUUGACUUCAGCGCAUCGUAUGCACGCCAGGUGCAGUUCAACCCGGGUCAGGCUGAAGCUGAAUGGCGACUGCGGCUGCUGGACGACGCGUUCUUCGAACGCCACGAGGAGUUCCUCGUCGUGCUGGGACAGGCGCUCAUGGCUGCCACCGAGUCUCCGGACAGGGCUUUGGUCUCCUUGCGCGACGCUGAAGACGAACCGACGAUGUCGUUUGCCGAGACUAACGUGACCGUGUAUGAGGACAGUGGGGAAGUGCUGCUGACAAUACGCAGGCGUGGCGACGUUACCAUGGACACCGGCGUACUCUGCGUCACGCAUCCAGGUACGGCCUCGGGCACUCAGCCAUCGCCGCUAGAAUCCUACUCGGACUACGUGGCCAGACCAAUGAAUCCAAGCAGCCUCGUGCGCUUCCGUACCGGCGAAGCAGAGAUGACAUGCCGCGUCGCCAUCAUCGACGACUCUCUCUACGAAGAGGCCGAAAACUUCACCGUCAGCUUGCUUUCGCCCCACAAUGGCCGGGUCGGAAAGAACGGCUCGGCAGUCAUCACCGUCGCUCCGGACCCCAGAGAUGCCCCGUACUUCUACUUCGAGAAACCAAACUACGAGGUGGACGAGAGCGCGGGAAGCUUCGAGGUAACCGUGCUUCGAGAUGGACCAGACCUCAGCAUUACCUCGUCUGUGAUGGUGCGCUCAAAGCAGAUGUCACCGCCGAGUGCUCAAGCCGGCAGCGACUACAUCGCAGUGGGUGAGCUGGUGCGCUUUCCGAGCGGCUCCACAUCACAGACGGUGGAAGUGGUGCUACUCGAUGACUACGGCCAGCCCGACUUGGAGUUCAUCGAGACCUUCCAGCUGGUGCUGCGCUCUCCCACGAACGGCACCGUCGGCUCUCCGGGAACUGCUCUCGUCUCCAUCAACGAUACGCUCUCCGAUGUGCCAAAGAUGUUCUUCCUGGAGGAGGAGUACGUGGUGGACGAAGAGGCCGGCUCCCUGUCAGUGUCCGUGGCUCGCACGGGCGACACCAGUCAGCAGUCGUCGGUACGCUGCUACACACGCCAGGGGUCGGCAACAGUCGACCUGGACUUCGAGGAAAGGCCCAACACCGACCAAUCCCUCAUCGUCUUUGAGUCCGGCGAGCGUCGCAAGAAAUGCGUGCUCCACAUCAGAGACGACAGCAUCAACGAGGGACUUGAAGAGCUGCGCCUGGUGCUCGGCUCUCAGCGCAGUAACACCGCCGGCAUGGCAAUGCUGGGAGAGCCCAACAUCGCCAAGAUACGCAUCCGAGACGAGUCCGACCAGCCCGUGAUCCAGUUCCGGCAGACGCGGACGACUGUGAAGGAACCCCGGAACCCGGACGAUACUGUGAGCCUGGCCGUGUCCGUGAUACGGCUGGGCGACUGCAGCACCACAUCGGUGGUGCGCGUCUACAGCCGAGACGGAUCGGCCACAGCGGGCACAGACUACCAACCGCUGUCGCAGGAACUCACAUUCCACCCUCUUCUGAACGAGACCAUUUUCACGGUUCAGAUCCUCUACGACGAAGCCAAGGAACACAAAGAGGCCUUUACGCUCCACCUCAAGGAAGAUGCCAAGCGCAUAGCCAACGUGAAGGACCCCAAGAUGAUCGUGUACAUCGAGGACGUGCGCUUCCUUCCAGCAGUGACGUUUCCCUCUGAACCGGUGGUGGUUUCUCUGCGAGACUACGAUGACGCUGACGCAGCCUCGCCACGGCCAAUUCAUGGAUAUCCGCUCUGCUGCAUAUCGUCCUGCAACACGAAACAUCCCGAUUACUUGCGCACCGGGCCGAUUUGCGCGAAGCAAGGCAUCAACGACAGUCUUACAGAGUUCCACUGGAAAGUGGCCGCAUCGGAUGAUUCGUCUGGCCUGCGAGACAUCAGGUGCAAGACGUUCUUCGCUCCCGUUAAAUCGAUCACGCUGGACAGCGUCUACUUUUCGUCAGGAAGCAGAGUACAGUGCUCCACACGUGCCGUCAACACCGACGGGGACGUGGGUCUCGAGGUCUACAGCACGCCGGUCACUGUGGCUUCGGACGCCGGCCUGUGUCGGCCACCCGAGGACAACUACGUAGGCGCCGAGCCAUUCACUGCCAGGUUGAGAUACACGGGUACGUCUGAUCCCCGGGCACCGAAUCGAAUUCAGAUCACGGUUCUGGUUCCGCACCGGGAUGGCCUGCUGCCCGCCAUCUCUACGAGGCCCCUGUCUAACCUGGAGUUCGCUCUCAGCCCGAGCAGCCUGCGCACGGGGCUACACCGAUGCUCGAACCUCGUGGACGCUCAGGAAGCAUUCACUCCGCUGGGAUUCGUCACCAAUGCGACGCUCGAUCGCCGUCUGGUUGCCGAAGCAGCCGAGCCAUACCAGUACAGCUCCCAGAUGCGAGGACAGUCGACGCUCAGAUUUUAUAGAAGCUUAGAUCUGGAGUCGUGUAUGUGGAACUGGACAGCUUUCUACACGCUUUCAGAGCUGGUUUCCGAUUGCGGUGGCUCUAUUAAUCAUGACGGACAGGCCCUGAACUUGGUGCAGUCCUACGUGUCAAUGUCCGUGCCCCUGUACGUGUCGUACGUGCUGCACUCGACUGCCGCAUCGGGUGGCUGGCAGCACAGCGACAUGGUGACUGAGCUCAAGAUCAGCUUCGUCUACAACACGGCCAUCCUCUGGGACCACGGAAUAUCCACCUACCUGGACUCUCAUCUCAACGGUAGCAUAUACCCGACGCAAAUGCGGAUCAACGACAACGGACAGCUGGUGGUGCGAUUUCGCACAGUCGCUGGCUUUCACGGACAGUACAUCCUCGAAAGCAGAGAACUAAAGAAGAUGUCGUACGUCACGUCCGAAGAACAGCCUGACGUCACGUUCACCCUGAAGCUCGUACGACGGGACGCGACUUACAGCGCAGCACAGCAGGAGUGGGAGUUCAUCUCAGACGUUGCUGUGAAGGACUACUCGGGCACCUACCGCAUCCACCUGGUGCCGUGCACGGUGCGCGAAGGCACCCUGUUCUCGGAGCCGAUGCGUUGCACGCCGCAGGAGCCGGUGCCCUUCGAACUGCCCAUCCACUUUCAGCAAGUGAGCGACCCGGUGCCCACGCGUUUCUCGCUCGAUACGCAGUUCCACAUUACUCGGCGUCGCGAGGCAUGGCUGCGGCGCGCCGACCAGCAGGCGGACGACGACGACGUGGACGUCUCCUUCGCGCCAGGAGACAAGAUUUAUGGCAAGAUAAUGGUGAGCCCUCUGCAAAGCCUGGGACAUUCGUUCGAGCUGUUCAUAGAGAAGUGCUUCCUCUGCACGGGAGUCGACGGUUACAUCCCGCGCUACGAUCCGGACAACGAGGACUAUGGGUGCAUUGCCGAGUCGGCCAACCUUCGUUACAUCAUAAAGAUUAUCGACAAGGAGUCAUCGAGCAGCGUCUCGUCGCAGCUUCACGGCGCGCAGUUCAAUGCCACCCUGGUCUCGCAGAGUCGUGACGCCGAGUUAGCCGCCAUCGAGGAGGACCCGGGCGCCGACGGCUUCUACUUCCUCGCGGACCCUCUUUUUAAGGUGGCCUCGGGGACCCUCUGGUUCAUCCACUGCAUCUACACGCUUCGCGGUAAAGAAGGAAGCGGCUCCAAGAGGUUCGGCAAGCGUCAUGCGGGCGACUGGCUCCAGCAGCAGCGCCACCGCCGAUCGGUGCUCGUCGAGAGCAUCGGCAAGAACGGUCGGGGCACCAACAUGCACCAGAUCGUGCUCUCGGACGCUCUGCAAAGCACGUGGACGUAUCGGUCGGACGGCGACUCGACGGCCGACCUUCCGUGGCUGGUGACACCGUGCGUGCUGGUGGCUGCAUUGGUGAUAGCGCUCGCAAUCGCCAUCGUCGUGUGCCGGAAGCGACGCAGUUCGGCCAGCCUGACGCCCUCCGGAAACGGCGCGGUGACCAUGUGCUGUUCCGGAAAGAGCCGCGUCUGUGCUUCCGGCUACGUUCCUAACAUUGCCGCGACGGAAGUGUAAGGACACACCAGUAGCGCUAGAUGGGCACAGAACGCGGUGAUGACAGUAAUUCCAAGUGGCGCAGACGCGGACGACUGAAGCAACCGUGGUUCAGUGCGUCUCCGAAGUGAUGCGCACCUCUGAAAUCCCGCCCCUGGUGAAGAGACACGCCGUGUGUGUAUAUCUCAGUUGAACGCUGUGCUUUGUAAAACCAAGCGAACAUAGGCGCCACAGUCACUUUUGAAGACGAAAGGUUCCGCAUCAGAAAGUAGCUUUCAUUAUACGCCACCUCAGCGGCGUACACCUAUUGAGUGUUGCGGCCUCUCGAUUACGAUGCGUGGAGUCUGCAUGCUGUUACUGCAAUGUGAUCUUCUACGGCUAUGCAGCGUUUUGAUCUAGAUUGCUAGUAGCAUUCAAGAAACUUUGCUGCGGGUUCGCCUUCGAAGGAGACAGACGGUAGGGCCAGCAAAUUGUGCCAAUGGCAUUCAUAACCACACGGGCAAAUUAAAUUUAUGUUGCGGCUGCCACAUUUCUUCCCGUGCAAAACUUAUCCUCAGUGUCGCUAAAGAGGCCGGUGUGUAGAGGGAGCUUGUCGAAUAACGCUGGAUGUCACAUCGACGAAAGACAAAGACCUCACGAGAGCGUAAGUAUCUCGUGUACUUAGAGUUGUAUGACAUAGAAGAGUGCCUUCAGAAAUAUUGCAGAACAGUCCAGGACCCAUGAGCGUUAAGCAUUUAUCAGCUUGAGUUGGCCUUCCAUUCGAAGCACCUGACAGUACGAGAUGAAAGCAAGCAGUUCUGUGCCGCGAGUUAUUAUCCAGCAUGUGCGUGCCAUAACAAAAACUGAACAUUGAAGGAAACGUCUCAAGCCCGGUGACCUCGACACUUCGCUUUCCCCUUCACGUGUGUUUGCUCGAGUGAAUGGCGAGUGCAAUGACGCAAAUACAGUUUGCGCCGGUCCAGAGAGCAUAUUUCAUGUCGUCCUAUCACUGCCGACCAUAAGCUUCGUUUUGUACAAACAAGCUUGCAUAUAGCGAGCAACAUCUCUGGACACAGUGUUUCAUCGUGUGCCAUACAUGUCAUCUUCAGAUCUGUGUACCUGCCACAAAUGAGGAUCACUCUGAGUUGUGUGAUAAAGUCGUUCUCCGUGUACG